AUGAAGUCUUGUAUAAUUUUUGUAUCGUUCUUCGCUUGUAUAUCUUCUCAUCCUUAUCCUAAUGUCCAUUAUGAUUACAUUAUAGUUGGUUCCGGUUCAGCUGGAUCACUCUUGACUACUAGACUAUCAAAAAAUCCUUCCAUCAAUGUUCUCUUGUUAGAAGCGGGAGAAAAACCCCCUUUAAUGUCUUCUAUUCCAUUUCUUCAUCUGAGUGUCUUACAUUCAAAAGAGAAUUGGAAAUUUCCAACAGUACCAAGUAAAAGAAUUGCUCAAGCCUUAAAAGGAAGAGCAUUCACUUUUGGAGGUGGCAAAUAUUUGGGUGGAACAGCAAUGCUUAAUCAUGCCUUGUACGUUCGAGGAAAUCGAAAAGAUUACGAUAAUUGGGCUAAGAACGGUGCAACUGGAUGGGAUUGGAAGAAUGUUUUUCCUUAUUUCCUUAGGAAUGAAGACAAUCGUAAUCCUGAAAUAGUUAAUAAUGGUUUUCAUGGAGUGGGAGGAGAGUUAAAGGUUGAAUAUCCACCAUUUCGAUCUCCGAUGGUAAAAGGAUACAUAGGAGCUGCAAAUGCUAUUGGAUAUCCCAUAGGAGAUUUUAAUGCAGCAAGCCAAACAGUCUUUAUGCCUCCUCAAGGUACAGUUCGUAAGGGGACAAGAUGGUCGACUCUACAAGCGUUUAUUGAACCUAUAGUUGGGAGAAGAAAUCUUCGAAUUAUUACUUCAGCUUACGUCACAAAAAUAUUAAUCGAUGAUCAUAAGCGAGCAUACGGAGUACUGUUCGAUCACUGCAAUAAAACAUUUAGAGCAAUUGCAAAGAGAGAAGUAAUUAUAAGCGCUGGAGCAUUUAAUUCUCCGAAACUUUUAAUGUUAUCGGGUAUUGGGCCUAAGGAAGUUUUACAAAAUUUUCAGAUUCCAGUAGUGUCGGAUCUUCCUGUAGGGAAUAAUUUAAUAGAUCACGUAUCAACUUUAGGACUUAUCUUUAUCGUCGAUACAAGAUUUUCAAGCAAUUUUAAUCAAUGGCAAUAUAUUUUAAUGGUUUUAAACGUUUGUGUUAUUUACGAUUAUUUAGGACCAUUGACACCUUUGGGAGGUAUAGAAACAAUCGGAUUUGUAAAUACCAAAUAUAGUAAAGAUUUAGAUUGGCCCGAUAUGGAAAUAUUUUGGGUAACGAGAUCGGCUUCCUCAGAUAGCGCCAUAAGAAAAACUGCUGGUGCAAUCGAUAAACUAGAGAAAAUCUUUGAGAAAUAUUCUCAUUUAGAUACUGUUACAUGCGUUCCUAAUCCAACACGAAUUAAAAGUACAGGAGUGGUUACUCUACAAUCUUCUGAUCCGUACGAAAAUCCUUUGAUUGAUCCAAUGUAUUUUUCGCAUCCUGACGACCUAAAAAUUGCUGUUGAAGGUUUAAAAAUCUGUUUACAAAUGGCAUCAACUAAGCCCAUGAAAAAACGGGGAGUUCGUCCUCUACCAUAUAUCAUGCCAGGGUGCGAGAAAUAUAAAGUGUUUAGUGAUGACUACUUGCGAUGCAUGCUUAAGGCAUUCCCACUUCCAGGGCACCAUUUCUCAGGAACGUGCAAAAUGGGGCAUCCUAAUGAUCCUACUACGGUUUUGGAUGCUACACUCAAAGUGAAAGGAGUUCAAAACUUGAGAGUGGUCGAUGCGUCUGUUAUUCCAAUUAUGAUAGGAGGCCAUACGAAUAUUCCAACCAUGAUGAUCGCAGAAAAGGCCGCUGAUUUUAUACUACACGAUUAUUUCAGUAAAGCCAAAUAA